CUUCCGUUCGCGCAUGCGCAUGUUUAAAUCAUUGGCGGGUUUCUUACGUCACCCGUCGCGCUAAAACAUACCCGGUAGACUUUUUAGGACUUGCAUCUUGAUUUAAUUUGUUUAUCAUUUGCUUAAAGACUGUAAUAUAAUAUACAUCGCAAUGGUCGAGGGUCCGGGAUGCACCUUAAAUGGUGAGAAGAUUCGCGCAAAAGUUCAAAAGGGACAGAAAGUUAUAAAGAUACACGGGACUGAAACUAAUACAUCAUCAGCUGGCAGCAGCCCUAGCUCCUUUCAGAUCUUUAUGGGCUGUGAGUUUACAGGAGUGGAAACAUUAGGCAAAGAGAUGUUCAUGUAUUUUGGAAUAAGAGCUCUAAGAUUGCACUUUGGCAUGAAUGGUUCCUUGAGGAUAAAUCCCCAGAACAAAACUGAUUUGAAUGGAAAACCACCAGCGCUGGUUAUUCAACUUUCUAAUGAUGUUGUUUGUUUCUUUGACACAACUGUAGAAAUCAGACUCACAGAAGACUGCAAGCAGAAAGUAAGAGCCAUGGAGAGUCUAGAUGUCUGUUCACCCAAGUUUAGUUUCUCUCGGGCGGUGGAGGCUGUGAAGAGAGAGAGUGCAAGAAUGCUCUGUGAUGUGCUUUUGGAUCAAUCUGUUCUUCCUGGUGUAGGAAACAUUAUUAAAAAUGAAGCCCUUUUCGACAGCGGUCUUAACCCUGCUGUCAAGGUCAAACAAUUGACAGAUGAACAGGUCCAUCAUCUUGUGAAGAUGACACGAGAUUUUACUCUCCUGUUUUAUAAGUGUAGAAAAAAUGGAUCCCCACUUUACAAGCAUUACAAAGUGUACAAACGUCCAAACUGCGGCCAAUGCAGUGGAACCAUCACCGUCUGUCGACUGGGAGACAAUGGCAGGAUGACAUACUUCUGUCAGCGCUGUCAGACAGGUGAUCCAAGUGAAAUCAACAUCAGUAAACUCCCAACCCGUAACAGUUUGAUUGGAUGGGUAUAUCAGGGUGAAAUGUGCAGUAGUCAUGAUGAUGAUGAUGUGGCAAAGAGAGAGGAAGAGGAGUGGGCGUGUCCCCUCUGUACUCUCAUCAACCUCCCAAGCCACAAAUCCUGCGAAGCAUGUAUGAGCCCCAGACCAGAAGUGUCUAAAGAGCCCCCAAAGCUGGAACAUUCACCCUUAAGUCGAGACCUGAUCCGCUACCCGUGCAAUGCUUUCGCCAAACCCCUGCAGGAAAUAAAGAUGAAUCGCAGAGCUGCAUUUGGGAACACCACUCUAGUCCUAACCAGCCUCAGUGCAAAACCUGACUCUCCUUUAAGUCUUGCCAUUAACCAGACAAACACUCUAGAGACGGCGAGGGGUCCGAGUGUGCGCAGCGACUUGCAGCAGAAAAGUCACAGUAAUGGGAAUGGUGGGAUGCGGUUCAAAGGCAAUGAGCAAUAUAAAAGAGAAUCUCCAGCAGACCACAGUCAACCUAACAAGAGAAUGAGAACCAUGAAUGGAGAACUUCCUGGAGGAAGCAUGCAGCACUCGGGGAGAGACACGCAGAAAAAUGAUGCCUCCUUAUCCACCACCCCCUGCUGCAAAAGUCAUCAUCGGCCAUGUGCCCUUAGGGUGGUCACUAAGGACGGAGAGAACAAAGGCAGACAGUUUUACACCUGCUCCCUCCCCAAGGAGACUCAGUGUAACUUCUUUGAGUGGGCAGACCUGCAUUUUCCCAUGUGUCAUCAUGGUAAACGGACUCUAAUGAAGACCGUUCUAAAACUGGGACCAAAUAAUGGGCGCAAUUUCUACACAUGCCCAGUUAAAAUGGGGAAGCAAUGUAAUUUUUUCCAGUGGGCUGAGAACGGGCCUGGCAUCUCCAAUCUUCCUGGCCGCUGACUCCAUACGUUACUUUCAACUCAAUGUGAUUCAAAUUCCUUUUUUUAUUGAAUAAAUUUAUUAAAAUUCUAAAAUAAAUGCAAUCAUGUUAUAAAUUUUUA